UCAAGCAUCGCUUUCAUUUUGAAUUUGAUUUAAAGGCGGAACAAAUAUCUGUCAUUGAGAGUGUGCUACAAAAGAAGCACACUGUGGGUGUUUUUCCCACGGGGUUUGGAAAAAGUAUAUGCUUUGUAUUACCUCCAUUAAUACUAGAUGUACAGGAUUCUUCUGUCAGACAUAUUUGUAUUGUGAUUUCUCCUUUGAAAAGUCUAAUGCUAGAUCAAUAUAAACAUGCUUCUAAACAUGGUAUAGCUGCAGCUGUUAUGAAGGGCAGGGAUGAAAUGUCUCCUGAUGUGGUUGAAGGUAAUGUCCAAAGAAAUGUAUAGACUCUGCAGUUUGCAAUUUUCAAACUAAUGCAUGCACAAAUUAAAACACACAUAAUAUCAUAUAUAGGAAUAAGCGCAGGAAACUAUUCCAUUCUCUAUAUGUCACCCGAGAUCCUGCUGAAUUUUGAUUCAUGGAGGGAUAUAAUAUUGAACUCAGGUGUAUAUAAGGAGAGAGUUGCUUUGAUUACUAUAGAUGAGGCACACAUAUUGGCAUCAUGGGGUGAUACUUUUCGACCGACCUUUUCAAGACUUGGAGAGCUGCGCUCCCACUUUCCAACUACACCAUUUUUACUACUGACAGCAACUUGCACACCAAACAUUCUACAGCAUAUUACUGGAAAAAUACAUCUUCCUAAUAUGAAAAUGUUAACAGCAUCUCCAGACAGGCCAUGUAUUUACCUUGAAUACAAGAGAGGAAAAGACAUUUUUGAAGAACUCCAUUGGCUGUUUGAUGAAAUUAAACAGAAAGGAAUAGCUGCCAGGAAAACACUGCUUUGUGUCAGGAGCUUGGAUCGAGGUGGUCAGCUGUAUAGAGAUAUUUUAGGGUACCUUAGAGAACAUUCAUACUUAAACCACAUUAAGCUUCACCACAACAGCCAUGUUGCUUUGUACCAUGCAGGAAUGGCCAACAAAGACUUAGACUACAUUCAUCAGGAAAUCUCAAAGUCAGGUAGUGUUAUUCGACUGGUCAUAUGUAUUAUAGCCUUUGGAAUGGGUAUCAAUAUCUCUGAUAUUGAUAAUGUGAUCCACUGGAGAGCCUGUGACUCCAUAAUGGAUUAUUGGCAGGAAGUUGGAAGAGUAGGGCAAGAUGGACGUAGUGCAAAAGCACUAUACUUUUUAACCCCUGGGUCCAUACUUCAAGCAUCUGACGACAUGAAGGAAUUGUGUAGAUCUCUGGACAAAUCCGAGGUGACUUGUUUUAGGAAAUCUAUCCUCCAUCACUUCAUUGGAUACAGUUCAGCACAGUCUGUACCUGUUGCAAGUGAUUGUCAACUGAAAUGUGAGGAGUGUAAAUGUCCAAGAUGCCAAUGCUGUCACAUUUGUCGUAGCUGCUGUCCUUGUUCAAGAACAUAAGAUUUGUACAUGUUUAGAGGAACCAUCUGUUGUCGUUGCCUUGGGGAUAUAAUCCUGAAUUAUAUCAGAUUGGAAAAUGUCUUCAAUAGACUUGCCAACACUCCCUACUUGAUGGCUGCAUCUUGACACCUGCGCAUCUGUGUAUUGCCC